AUGUCGAUGAUAAUCAAGGCAUCCAUGGCGGAUGACUUCGAAAGUGUGCAGACGCAGGCCCGCAUCUACUUUGGCGUCUCGAUGGGCCUUCAGCUAAUAUCCUGCAUUCUGCUGGUGGUGAUGCCACGGAUUCCGUUUGCCCGCGAGUACACUGCGGAGUUCAGGUACACGCAUGAACACCGUGUAGAGCGUGCCCACACGAGCAACGACGAGUUCCCCGUGGGCACCGCGGAGGAAACGGAGGUGUCGCCGCUUCCUGACGAGCAUACGGCUCCGUUUUCGGGCGCUGAGCACAACAAGGAUGUGCUGCACGUUGAGGGGGACGCGGACAGAAUGAAGGACAUUGACCAGGUGGACAACAUCACCUCGACAGGUCAAAUGCUGAACGCGCAGAUAAUGACAGUGUUCAAGUGUAUCUGGCCAAUGCUGCUCUCGUGCUUUACGGUCUUCGGCGCGACCCUCCUCGUCUUCCCCGGCGUGUUCUUCGCUGCAGGCGGCUCGAACGAUUGGUACGCGACGAUCAUUGUCGCCAUGUUCAACCUUGGUGACUUUCUGUCGCGUUUCUUUUUGUUGUUUAAACGCCUGCGUCCCUCGCCGCGCGUCGUGCUGGCCGGGUCGUUCUUGCGCGUGCUCAUCGUCCCGUUGCUGGUGCUGUGCGUGCGCAAGAUAAUCCCUGGCGACGUCCUCCCCUACAUUCUGUGCCUGCUUUGGGGUCUGACCAACGGCUACUUUGGCGGCAUGGCGAUGAUUCACUGCACCCGCACGCCGGCGCUGUUGAUGGCUGGCCAGCGCUCCAUUGCGGGUAUCAUGGCAAAUCUGUCGCUUCUGCUGGGCUUGUUUGUGGGUUCCUCGCUGGCCAUGGCGGUGAUCAAGGGGCUGCCGCAAUAG